UCCCAAAUAGCAAAGAGGAAAAGCGCCAACAUAGUAUAGCACCUUCCAGUAGAGCAUAGACUCCAACGUACCUCUGAGACAUCGGAGACGAACGAGUUAAGUUCCUUGAUAACUUUAUUAAGAGCUAAAGCCGCUAGCACGGGAGGAUUACUUGCAUGUACGGAAGAGUGACGACUGCAUUUGGACUGAGGUCUCAGAACCUCCAUGCGGUCAGACUAUGGUCAUCCUCCUCGGCAACAAACCUUGAGCCGGUAGAUACUAGUUAUACAGGCUUGUUAGAUAAUGGCUCGAGGUUCUGGUGGCCGGUUUUGGUGAUCUAAGGUAAACGUGUAGCUAUACCGGGUUGGGACUUAUCUAUAAGGAGAAAAUGGGGUGGUUCUGUUAACGAAUAACAUAGCCAGAGAAUUAUUU